GUUCCUGAUAAACUUAACAUCGCUUCAAACACCUGACCUGAAGUCGUCCUGACAAGAUUCGCCGUCGUGUCUAUGAUAUUAAUGGGUUUCCCCGAGCGAUAUCGUCAUGUUGUGCCCUUUUUUUCUUAUCGCUGAUAGUCCAAAAACCGGAUUUACAGUACGACGGACCAAAGCCCAAAUGAGAAAUAAGAUGAAGAAGAAGCAUCCGGUGUCACCUCCGCUCUGUUAAUUGAUUCUAGCGGUAGCCAGCCGCGUAAAAACAUUAGCCACCAACAUAGUUACGGCGAGGGCACGUUCGUCUGGCGACUGCAAACACUGAGACAGACUAGUUUUUUACGGAAGAGGUUGCGGGAAUUUCAGUCGGUUAAUUUCCCCAGCGCUGUCGAUUCAUUCGCGGUUGUAAUCUGUCUCCGGCACAAUACAUUUGGAACAUGUAAACACGUUUAAAGUAUGGCAUGCAAAUAUGGUUUCUGCCAAAAAGGAGAUGGUGAUUGCAAUGUUCCCGAGUUGCAUAUCCACUCUCGUUUACUUUCUCUGCGUCGCCGCUUGUGUAAGGAGAAUCUCUGGACAGAUAAAAAAGGAAGAGAAAACAUAUCCUGAAAAUUUCACACGAAUUCUAGAUCGGCUUCUGGAUGGAUAUGACAACAGGCUGCGACCCGGAUUUGGAGGUCCAGUGACAGAAGUUAAAACUGAUAUUUACGUGACAAGCUUUGGUCCUGUUUCGGAUGUUGAAAUGGAGUACACCAUGGACGUCUUCUUCCGGCAGACCUGGGUGGACAGGAGGCUGCGGUACGAGGGCCCCAUCGAGAUCCUUCGGCUCAACAACCUGAUGGUGACCAAGGUGUGGACCCCCGACACCUUCUUCAGGAACGGGAAGAAGUCGGUGGCGCACAACAUGACCGCGCCCAACAAGCUGUUCCGCAUCAUGAAGAACGGCACCAUCCUUUACACCAUGAGGCUGACCAUCAGUGCCGAGUGCCCAAUGAGGCUGGUGGACUUCCCCAUGGACGGACACGCCUGCCCCCUGAAGUUCGGAAGCUAUGCAUACCCAAAAACAGAGGUGAUCUACACUUGGACCAAAGGACCCCAGAAGUCGGUGGAGGUGCCCACAGAGUCCUCCAGCCUGGUCCAGUACGACCUGAUUGGCCAGACCGUCUCCAGUGAAACCGUGAAAUCAAUAACAGGCGAAUACGUGGUGAUGACCGUGUACUUCCACCUGCGCCGGAAAAUGGGCUAUUUCAUGAUCCAGACGUACAUCCCCUGCAUUAUGACCGUCAUCCUCUCCCAGGUGUCCUUCUGGAUAAACAAGGAGUCUGUCCCUGCAAGAACCGUGUUUGGGAUCACCACCGUGUUGACCAUGACCACCCUGAGCAUCAGCGCCCGCCACUCCCUGCCGAAGGUCUCCUACGCCACCGCCAUGGACUGGUUCAUUGCAGUCUGCUUCGCCUUCGUCUUCUCCGCCCUCAUCGAGUUCGCCGCCGUCAACUACUUCACCAACGCCCAGGCCGAGCGCGCCCGGAGGAAGCAGCUCAAGGGCCCCCCGGCCCCCAAGGCCACGCCCGUGACAAAGGUCAGCGACCCGGAAGAAGUACUCCAGUGUCCGGACACCAACGGCAGCCUUCGCAAACGCGUGAACUACUCUCCCCUGACGGACCCUCGCGCCAGUCAACGGACCGACCCGGCGGGCGGCAGCAAGGCCGGACGGAACCGGCAGUCCCUGGUGGGCCACGCCCCCUCCGUCACCAUGGGAACGGCGGCGGCCGCGGCGGAGGCGGCGACGGCGUCCGCCGUCCUGGCCCACUCCAGCCCGAACCCGUUCAGCCGGGUCGGCGCGGUCCACGUGCUGGCCUCCGUGAACACGCCCCCUGCUCCGCCCCCCUCCUCUCCGCUGUUGCCCGGGCAACCGCCGUCAAAUUUGCACGCUGGCCCCUCCCCCUCCCUCCAGCACAUGCCGCGGCCGGAGCCCACGCAGGUGGGCGGGGCCAAAGCCGACCCGGCCACGCCCGCACCGCCCGCCUCCUCCGGCUCGAGCGGGACCAGCAAAAUCGACAAAUACGCUCGCAUUCUUUUCCCAGUGUCCUUUGGGGUUUUUAACAUGGUCUACUGGGUGGUUUAUCUGUCAAAGGACACCAUGGAGCCUCAAGAUGGUUGACUCUUCUUCACCCUGAAUUUCUAAAAAAAACGAAUCAACACAGAAAGGCAACCGUCGAAACAGUCUCAAGCACUGAACACACUCUAGACUGAGAUUUAGGAGAUUUGACAGAAGCCCUGUUAUUGGAUCUGAGAAACAAACAAACACACACACACACACACACACACACACACACACACACACACACACACGACAGUUCAUUAACAAAUGAAAUGGUUAUUAUCUCAGUGACAAUGUGUGGAAAUGACUCCUUCAGGAUACAGCAGUCCCUGAGAAACAAGCAUGUAAUGGGAAUAAGAGAAACUUACUACAUUCCAGAUGUGUAAUUGUUAUUAAUUACAGUAACCUCUGUGUUUUAAUGGAUGUAUUUGGGUGUACGUCAAAAAUGGCCAUUUGUAUUCCAGCAAUAUCAUUUUUGGGUGGAAGGGUUUCAAUGUGGAAAAACUACAUCAAAACUGGUGUAAUAUCAACUUGACUUACAGACAGAUGAGUUCAUUUUAUCUAUGGUUUUGUAGAAUGAAUAUAUUAUCUCCAUAAGUGGAACAUAAAAUAAAUACGGUUUCAGUGUACA